UUCUUUAGAUUCAUUGUGCCGCUCAUUUUAAAGCUUAGUGGUCGUUUGAAAAUUAGCAACAAUGCACAAGGUGUUUGUUCUUGUUUGCGUCAUCCUAUUGGUGAACACUGCUUACACCGCUGAAGUACUAAUACCAAAAGUCCCGAAACCCCCACAGUUCGAACACGAGGAAGGAUGUUACAAUGAAAAACUAAAUAUGGUGGUGCUAUACGACACUCCUCAUUCGCCUCAGGAUGAGUGCGCGCAGUAUUCGUGUUUUGCGGAUGGAACAAUUAAAGUAGCAACUUGCGGAGUCGUCGCGGGUCCUGCAGGCUGUGAAGUUAUCCCAGGGGAUGUAUCAAAACCGUAUCCAGAUUGCUGCCAACCCGAAAUUAAGUGCAAUUAAUCCGAUUCAAAUGUCACUCAAACUGUGGCUGUGUCCUGAACUAAUAAAACAUGAUUUAAAAUAAA